GGAAGUCGGCGUGCGGAGUGUCUCUUCGUGGCGGCUGAGGCGAGCUGAGGCCUGAGGGUGUGGUGGGGCCAGGGCGCUGGUGUCUAGGUCCUCGGCUUGGUCGCCCCUGAUCUGUCGCCUGGUCAUGGCGGCUUACACCUGUAUCACUUGCCGGGUGGUGUUCCGCGAAGCGGAGAUGCAGCGGGCCCACUACAAGACGGACUGGCAUCGCUACAACCUCCGGCGAAAAGUGGCCAACAUGGCCCCGGUCACCGCCGAGGGCUUCCAGGAGCGGGUGCGGGCGCAGCGGGCCGUGGCGGAGCAGGAGAGCAAGGGCUCAGCCACCUACUGCACCGUCUGCAGUAAGAAGUUUGCCUCCUUCAACGCCUACGAAAACCACCUCAAGUCCCGGCGGCACGUGGAGCUGGAGAAGGCGGCCGUGCGGGCCGUGAAUCGGAAAGUGGAGAUGAUGAAUGAAAAGAACUUGGAGAAAGGGCUAGGCGUGGACAGCGUGGACAAGGACGCCAUGAACGCGGCCAUCCAGCAGGCCAUCAAGGCGCAGCCGUCCCUGUCUCCCAGGAAGGCGCCCCCCGAGGAGUCCAGGAGUGCCGUGCCCGUGGCCGCUGGAGGCCGGGUGACUCGCGACCGGGACGACGCCGAGAAGCCGCCCCGGCUCCAGUGGUAUGAGCUGCAGGCAAAGAAGGUGGCAAAGCGGCUGGGGCAGGACAGUGAGGAGGACGAGGAGGAGGAGGAGGAGGACCUGGAUGGAGACGAUUGGGAAGAUAUUGAUUCUGAUGAAGAAUUGGAAUGUGAGGAUACUGAAGCAAUGGAUGAUGUGGAAGAGCAGGAUUCAGAGAAGGAGGCUGAAGAAAGCCCACCCCUUGGUGCCAUCCCUAUAACAGACUGCUUAUUUUGUCCCCAUCAUUCAAGCUCACUCAUGAAGAAUGUGGCUCAUAUGACCAAAGUCCACAGCUUCUUUAUUCCUGAUAUAGAGUAUCUUUCAGAUCUUAAGGGACUGAUUAAAUACUUGGGAGAAAAAGUUGGUGUUGGGAAAAUUUGCCUGUGGUGCAACGAAAAAGGGAAAUCAUUUUACUCCACAGAAGCUGUGCAGGCUCAUAUGAGUGACAAAAGCCAUUGUAAGCUCUUCACAGAUGGUGAUGCUGCUUUGGAAUUUGCAGACUUCUAUGAUUUUACGAGUAGCUACUCAGAUCACAAGGAAGGGGAGGACUCCAACGGGUUGCCCUCAGAAGAGAGAGUGGAAUAUGACGAUGAAACCAUGGAACUGAUUCUCCCUUCUGGUAUCAGAGUGGGUCAUCGCUCCUUAAUGAGAUACUACAAACAGCGGUUUGGCUUGUCAAGAGCUGUGACAGUUGCUAAAAAUCGGAAGGCUGUGGGCCGGGUACUUCAGCAGUACAGAGCCCUGGGAUGGACUGGCAGUACAGGAGCAGCUCUUAUGAGAGAGCGAGACAUGCAGUAUGUCCAAAGGAUGAAAUCGAAGUGGAUGCUGAAGACAGGCAUGAAGAACAAUGCCACCAAACAGAUGCACUUCAGGGUCCAAGUGAGAUUCUGAGAGUCUGUUGUGAUGGAACGAUCUCUUUCCUGUACAAGUUUCUUCCCAAUAAAAGGCAGAUUAUGUGAUAGACCCUUUUGCUGCUGACCUAAUAAUAAAAGUCAGAAGCAUA